UUUUAGGAUUGGAAAUUUAGAGUUACCUGAUAUUUGGAAUUAGAACUUGAGUGAAUUCUUCCCACUCAAUGAGAAGAUUGCCAGCUUCCUGAUUCUUAUUUCAAUUACAACAUAGAAUGUGAAAAAUGAUUGGUAUGCAGAGAGCAGAUGAAUAUUGGUUGUUUCAUUUUGUUCAGUUCUUUGGUGAUUCCGUGAAGAUAAUGAAUGAAGAAAAUGUCCCGAACCUGUGAGGAUCGUCUGUCAUUUCGCUAUGAUUACAUUCUACUUGAACGACUUUUGGCUUAUGCGAUUUUUCUCUAUUCUUUUGAGCUAUGGAACUGUCUCGAUUCCUGUAGUUCUCUUGGUUUUUUAUGUUCGUCGAAGAGCUGCCGAAGAUGGGUUCCGGCCUGCAACAGUGUUUCAUUCAUUCCUACGCAGUUUUGCGCUUGGAAAACCUGAGUAUAGUUUGGUGAUUUCUGACUCGAUAAAAUUGACCUCAAUCGUUUCGCGGAAAAAAAAUCUCCGCGGUGACUCUCUCUAUCUUAUUUUAUGUUUUUCAAGUCUUCAGAUCACUCUUAUUUUAAUGGGUUAUAUCCAAGAGCGGAUUAUGACGCAGACUUACUUAUCAACGGUGGAUCAUCAGCUAAACAAGUUUGAAAAUACUCAGUUCCUUGUUUUCAUGAAUCGCGUUUUUGCCAUUAUUCUAUGCACAGCUUAUUUGAUCGUAAAUUGGAAAAGAGAACCUCCUCACGUUCCGCCGUUUUAUAAACAUUCUUUUACAUCCUUUUCCAAUACGCUUUCAUCAUGGUGCCAGUACGAGGCAUUGAAAUUCGUUUCAUUCCCAACUCAGACAGUCUGCAAAGCAUCAAAAGUGCUAUCAACGAUGUUGAUGGGCUUCAUUAUCAGAGGUGAACGUUAUGGAUUUAGCGAGUGCGCUUGUACUGUUAUGCUUGCGUUUGGAGCUUCAUUGUUUCUUUUGUCAAACAGCUCUAAGGAAUUUGGAUCUAACACAGUUUCGUCUUCCGAUUGGGUGACUACUGUUUCUGGGAUUGGCUUGAUGUCUGGUUAUCUUUUAUUUGAUGCUUUCACAUUGAAUUGGCAAAAGAAACUCUUCGAUGUUCGGCCGCGAGUUUCCAGAUACCAGAUGAUGUUUGGUGUAAAUAUGUUCAGCAUGAUUUUAUGCUUUGUAACACUUAUCGAAGAAGGAACGUUUCUAUCACCAUUCCGUUUUCUAGCAACUCAUGAAGGAUUUGGCCGAGAUAUAUUUUUCUUGUCUUUAUCAGGCGCUUUAGGACAGAUUGUAAUUUAUAUAACCAUUGAACGAUUUGGGCCUAUGAUAUUUGCUGUGAUGAUGACGCUGCGGCAGAUACUUUCCAUAUUACUUUCAGCGGUGGCCUAUGAUCAUCCGAUGUCUGCUUGGUCUACGUUUGGCUUGUUAAUAACAUUUACUGCUGUUUUUGGCACUAUUUACAUUCGCCAUCAUCAGACUUGAAAGAUAUCAAAUUUUGCAUUGCAGUUCGGAAGUUGAAGUCUACAACGUUUUAGCUCUUUUUGUUUUGAAUAUAAAAUUUUUGAAUUGGUUCUCC